UGGAAAGUGGGGUACGGUAUUAAUUUCCUUGUAGAAACAAAUUACUCAUAAAAACGGUGAGCUGCCUUCACUGCACUGUUGACCACGAAGAUGGCACCGUUCCCUUGGGCCGUCCUGACCUGGUUUGCUACCCAAAUGGCUUUGACUCUGGGAAUGGCUGAGUUGGAAUCGUGUUUGGCCACACCUGGGCUUGCAUGCCCAGUUUUCACGGGCAUUGCGAAACGUUGCUUACCGGAUAUGGACAAUUGUCCAAAAUUUACAUGUCAUUGCGAGUCGACAAAUGAAACCCUCGAUGCUAAUUUCUUCCUUCUCCAUGGAACCUGCAAUUACGAGUUUUUUGAUGGCUCUACUGGAGAAUUGCUGUGCCCUGCAAAGGUAAUUCCACUUAUUCCUGAGAAUCCGGAGCCGAACUGUCCGCAGAAAUUUAUUUCUCAGUCCCAGGAACAGGUUGCUGAGCAACAAACAACUGCUGCUGUUGUUGCCUCUGUCGCCUCGGUUUUUGAUACCAUUCUGAUUGGAAUUGCAAUCAUCCUCCUUCUCACCACGCGUUCAGACAAGUUCCAGACUGAGGGUACUAAGCCAACAGGCGGACCUGCAGAUAUGGAACCUCUUUGUAAAAUGGAAAAAAUUGAUAUCGAGAAGAUCCAAAACGUCUAUCAAGUGACAAGCGUUGGUCCUGAAGUUCCCCCACCUAACAAGGACAACAAUAAUGGUCUCUAUGAAGUUCCGAUAAAGAAUGACGCAUAAGCCAUUUAAUAGCCUUAUUGGCUACACAAUAUUAUUUAAUGACAUUUAAACAAUUUUGCUUUGCUCAUGACCUGUAUUUGAAAUUUUUCAACCAUAAAAGAAAAAUAUUCAUCAUUAUAAUUAUUUUAACCAAAAUAUCGCAAAAUAUAAAAAUUUGUAUUGUAAAAAUAAAUUUUAUAAAUGCUUUUGCUAACUUUCUUGAUAUUUUAUUAAGAUUAUUAAAAUUGUAUUUCUCUGUAUUAAUAUUAUUUCAACUAUGAGUUAAUUUUUUUAUGAGCACCAGAAAUGUUUUGGAAAGUUGAAAUCAUUUUAAAACUCUAAUCAACUUAAAUUGUUACUGUAUCGAAUAAAAACAAAUUAUA